AUGACAAAUUGCUGGAAAGUGAAUCCAAAAGACCGACCAACAUUCCCGGAAAUAUUGCGAGAUCUUCGCGAAAUGCUCGCUGAUAAUGAGGUAAGUGGUCAUUUAUAGAUGGAAUGUAUACUUCCAUGUACAGUUUAAGAGGAGAAUUUAUAAAAUAUCGAUUAAUUAGCGCUCGAAAAUACCGUAAUCCUUUGCGCUAAAAAGAAGCAUUUUGUUGUUUUUGCGAAAAUGGCGGGGUGAACAUUGAGUGCACUGAAUUAUUGGUGAUAUGUCGGACUGAAAAGUUGUUAGAUUUUAGAAUAUAUUACAGAAAUGGAUUCUUUGUAAUAUCUUUAUAGUAUCUGUAAGCUUCUAGAGCACUUUCACGGAAAUGUUGAGAAGAAAUGCAUACUUGUAAUUGUAGAAGAGUGAUGUUCGACAACAGAAUACUCAGGCACGACAAAUUCACUAGCCUGAUAACACACCUACGUUUCGCCCAGCCUCAUAGAAAAUGCGAUUUUUCUGCCAGCAAAAAGGUUAAUCCACUUUGGAACGUUUUCCGUGGUUGUGGGCAUUCGUUCCACAUCGAAUACAUUCUGACCAACAUCAGGUCAUCAGCGAUUGCCCAGUUUGUCAAGCAACAACCUUGGCAAAUGCAACCGUGGCAAAUGUUGAAGCUCUUGGAAGGUCUUGGAAAGACCGCAAAUAUUAACGCUGUUUGCUCCGGCGACUCGCUUUGAAGAGGACGAAAGCGCUUAAGAAAGUGAGACAGCCGAUGACGACAAACCAGAAGACGAACAGAACGAAACACUCGUGAACAGUUUGUUUAUAGAAAAAAUACAAUCGACAUUUCGCCAACCGGAUAUGUAAUGAGUCAGUCCUGGAUCGUUGUGACGCAUUUCCGACGCGAGAUGAGAUCAGAUGGGUAAUAUUUUAAAAAACAUAUCGGCUGUGUGGUGUGGGGAAAAUAGGUUCUCCAUCGUAUUUUAAACAUCGAUUGCAAUUUUACAAAUUGAUAUUUAAUAUCUCAAACUAAAUAAAAAAAAUGGAAAUGAAAGUCAGUGAAAUACAAUUUUGGGUCAAUUCAGACUCGCGACAAGCAGUUGCUGUUCGGCUAAGCCGCCAUGCACGCGCUUCUUCUUUCGGACAAAAUUGCAUUCCUGGCAUUUUUAUUUACAUUUAGAUACCGUACAUCAAUUUGCAACAAGUUGAAGACGAAAAUUUUCAAACACAGAUUGAGCCUGGUGGUGCGACCAUGAAGAAUGCCGACACAACCAAAGAAACAGCAGUGUGAAAGAAACUUCAUUUUCUCGAUCGAACUAUAUGUUCGACAUAAUUAUUUCAAA